GUGUACGAGUGGUUCGGGCUGGUGCUGGGCUCGGCGCAGCGCCUGGAGUUCAUGUGCGGGCUCCUGGACCUGUGCAACCCGCUGGAGCUGCGCUUCCUCGGCUCGUGCCUGGAGGACCUGGCGCGCAAGGACUACCACUACCUGCGCGACUCGGAGGCCAAGGCCAACGGCCUCUCGGACCCGGGGCCGCUGGCCGACUUCCGAGAGCCCGCCGUGCGCUCGCGCCUCAUCGUCUACCUGGCGCUGCUGGGCUCGGAGAACCGCGAGGCCGCCGGCCGCCUGCACCGCCUCCUGCCCCAGGUGGACUCGGUGCUCAAGAGCCUGCGCGCGGCCCGGGGCGAGGGCUCGCGGGGCGGCGCGGAGGACUUGCCCGCCGGGCUCGGCGAGGACGGCGAUGAGGACGCCGAGGGGGAGGAGGGCUCUGGCCCGGAAGGCGGCCGCGGCGCCGAGCCCCCGGCCGGCGGCGGGCUGGGCUUCAGGGCCCAGGAGGAAUUGCUGCUGCUUUUCACCAUGGCUUCGCUGCACCCGGCUUUCUCCUUCCACCAGCGGGUCACCCUGAGGGAGCAUCUGGAGAGGCUCCGCACCGCGCUCCGCGGGGGCCCCAAGGACACGGAGGUGGAGCCCUGCAACUUCUCCGGGGCCCGGACUGACUCUGCUCGUGGUGAUUACAUGCAAAGUAAUGAAACCAGUUUAAUAGAACAAGCCCCAGUACCCCAUGACGGACUUACCGUGGCACCUCAUAGAGCUCAGCGAGAAGCUGUACACAUUGAGAAGAUAAUGUUGAAAGGAGUCCAGAGAAAAAGGGCUGACAAAUAUUGGGAGUACACCUUCAAAGUAAAUUGGUCUGAUCUUUCAGUCACAACAGUAACAAAAACCCACCAAGAACUACAGGAAUUUCUACUGAAGCUUCCAAAGGAAUUGUCUUCAGAGACAUUUGACAAGGCCAUCUUAAGAGCCCUGAAUCAGGGUUCAUUGAAAAGGGAAGAACGGCGGCAUCCCGACCUAGAGCCCAUCCUAAGGCAGCUAUUUUCAACUUCAUCACAAGCUUUUCUACAGAGUCAGAAAGUGCACAGCUUUUUUCAGUCCAUAUCAUCAGACCCUCUGCACAGCCUCAAUAACCUACAAUCCUCGCUGAAGACGUCUAAGAUACUAGAACACUUAAAAGAAGAUAGCUCAGAAGCUUCAAGUCAAGAAGAAGAUGUGUUACAGCACACCGUCAUCCACAAGAAACACAGCGGGAAAAGUCCCAUUGUGAACACUAUUGGUACAAGCUGCUCCCCACUGGACGGGUUCCCUGUGCAGCAUGCUGAGCAGAAUGGAGUCAUGGACUGGAGGAAGCGCGGCUGCCCGGCCCCUCAGCAUCUCGAGCACUGCGUGACCAUGGUCGACCAGCAUUCAAUUGAAAAGCAAAACUUAUCUUCAAUAAAUAAGAAGAAAGGAAAGGCACAAGUAGAAAAGGAGAAAAUUAAGAAAACAGACCACAGACUGAGUAGUAGAAUCAACGGCAUCAGACUCACAGCUUCCCCGCACGUCCUUGACGGAGCCGUGAAAGAUGUGCAUUUGGACAAUGGAUCUGGACUUGACACAUGUGGAGACACAUCUUCAGAGAGUUACAGUUCUCCGUCUAGCCCACGACAUGAUGGCCGAGAAAGUUUUGAAAGUGAAGAAGAAAAAGACAGAGACACAGACAGCAAUUCUGAGGAUUCUGGAAAUCCAGUAACCACCAGAUUUACAGGUUACAGCUCUGUCAACCAGACGCUCACUGUCAAGCCACCUGUGCAGAUCACUUCGCUGGGAAACGACGACGGCAGCGCCUUGGAAGACCCCUUGAGCCCACCCAAGUACCCGCACAUCUCUUUUAUGCCGACUCUACACUGUGUCAUGCACAGCGGUGCCCAGAAGUCUGAAGUCGUCGUCCCCCCACCCAAAUCUGCCGAUGGCAAGACAAUAGGGAUGCUGGUUCCCAGUCCUGUUGCUAUUUCUGCCAUUAGGGAGUCCACAAAUUCAGCCGCUGUGGGUAUGCUGGGGCCGGCAGCUUCUAGUGCAGAAUCGGAAAAGCACCUUGAGUUAUUGGCUUCCCCUCUACCUAUCCCGUCAACGUUCCUCCCGCACAGUAGUGCUCCUGCUUUGCACCUAACAAUUCAGAGGCUGAAGUUGCCCCCACCGCAGGGACCUUCUGAGAGCUGUGCCGCCAACAUCCCGCAGCCGCCGGCCGGGAGUCUGAGCGCCGGCUCACCCAGCACCGCCUUUCUUCCUGUCCACAGCCCAGGUAGUUUUCCGGGAUCUCCUGUUGCCGCCGCAGACCCCAUCACAAAACCUGCACCCCAAGUAGUAGGACUCAGUCAAAUGGUGCCUCCAGUUGAGGGAGCCUCGGGGACCCUCCCUCAGCCCGCCGGCAUGAAGGUAGUCGUUCCUGCCGCCGCCCUCUCCGCCGCACAGCCAGCAGCCUCCUACACCUUGCCCAGCUCCCCGCUGGCCGCCAGCGUGCUGCCCAGCCCCAGCCCUAGCGCACUGAGCUCGGCAGCCGCAUCCACCCCGCCGGCGGGCGCGGGCAUCAGUCAGGCCCAGUCCCCAGUGCCUCCCGCCGUCCCGACACACACCCCGGGCCCAGCCCCCAGCCCCAGCCCCUCCUUGACGCACAGCACGGCGCAGAGCGACAGCACCUCCUACAUCAGCGCUGUGGGGAACACGAACACUGGCGGGGCGGCGCUGCCACCGCAGCAGAUGGGCUCGGGCCCCUGCGGCUCCUGCGGGCGGAGGUGCAGCUGCGGGACCAGUAGCGGCCUUCAGCUCAGUAGCUACUACUACCCCAACCCGGUGCCCGGACCGAUGUACCGAGUCCCGUCCUUCUUCACUCUGCCGUCCAUCUGCAAUGGCAGCUACCUCAACCAAGCACAUCAGAGCAAUGGGAGCCAACUUCCUUUUUUUCUGCCUCAGACUCCAUAUGCAAAUGGGCUGGUGCACGACCCCGUCAUGGGGAGCCAAGCCAGCUACGGCAUGCAGCAGAUGGCAGGAUUUGGGAGGUUCUACCCCGUCUACCCAGCACCCAGUGUGGUUGCCAACACGAGCAGCUCGGGGCCCAAGAAGAACGGGAAUGUGUCAUGUUACAACUGUGGUGUGAGCGGGCACUACGCACAGGAGUGCAAGCAGGCGUCCGUGGAGGCCAGUCAGCAAGGCACUUACAGACUGAGAUACGCACCUCCCCUCCCCCCUCCUAGUGAUACGUUGGAUUCUGCAGACUGAAACAAGUAAAGCCUGCCUACUCAACACACUGAAGUGUGGGGAGUCUUGGUGGGUGAGGAGGGGAGGAAAGGAAAGGUAUUUUGUUUGUGUUUCUUUGUCUAUACAUUGCCCAGAUUUCUAUGCAGUUGGGAUUUUUCAUUUCUCAUGUACUGAUGUCUAAGACUAAAAAGAAUACAUUGCUUUUGAGCCUCUGGUCUCCUGGUCCAACAACAGGCUUCUCUGUAUGAUACGUGUAAUUUCAACUUCCAAACUAUCAAAAGGAAAAUGUUGAUGCGUGCUUUUUUUUUUUUUUUUACACUGAAUACUCGCUGUGUGCAAUGUUUACUGAAUCUUUAAAACUGUGUAUUUGACCUUUUCUUACAACACUGGUGACAGUCAUAUGGUUUUCAAAAAAAGGAAACUGCUUCUUCUGCAGCUUUUACUCACUUUCACCCUAAACUGCACUCCCCCCCCCCGCCCUUCACUCUUCCUGUGGCUGCAGCGUGGGGGGCAAUGUCCAUGUCCCCUGGGGGAAGCCGCACCCGCCCCCCCAACAUGAAUUGAGGGUAAAGUGAUUCACCUUCAUCUAGGGACAAGCAGACCCCACCACAGCGUCACCUAGUGCAGGCGCAGCGCUCGUGCGCAAGACCCGCUGCGUGAAGAGCGAAACUACACGACACCGAGAAAGUGAUGAUGUGGAAGUGGUGAGCCGAGAGCUUUUCUUAGAAACAGACAGAAACCCACCUUUGCACUUGAUAGGUUUUCAGCCUGUUGCUGCAGUGAUGUAAGGUGAGCGCGCUGUGUGAGUGCUGCCCGCCCGCCCCGGCCUCUGCCCGGCCACGCCCUCUGCUGAGACUGAGUAGAGCUUCCUCCCUGCACCGGCUGUUACAGUGUUAUGUUGUGUUUAAAUGUGUAUGGUUUAUUGCAAUCUGAACAGAAGCUCUCAAUUUCUACAAAAAGUCAGGUAUUCGUUCCCUAACCUGUCUCAUAGCAAAGUAAAGUCACUUUUAUAACAGUUUACCACUAUGCUUGAUUAUAAUGUGAAAGACUGAAUUCUGGUGUGUUAAGAUGGUAUUAAUCAUGUCGGUGUCAUGUCACUACGUUUAAUGCUGCUGUUUAAAAAAAAAAAAAGUUUUUUUUUAAAGCCAAUCUAUGUACUAAAUUGCUUCCAGGUAAUUUUUAAUUUCCUAAAGUGCACUGAGGUUAUCUGGAAGAGGGGUGUGUUCUCUGGGACUGCUGCGUGCACAGCAGCGAGCAGCCGCCAGGUGGCCACAGGCCGAGGGCCGGGCGGGCGCCCUUAGCAGACCAGGGCAGGUGGCGGCGGGGUCCUGGGGUGCAGCCGGGCAACACAGAGUCGGUCUGGUUCGGAAGCCUGCCAGAUGGCUGGGAGAAAGGCGAACUUGAAGAGAAAGUAGAAGCUUUGUUUAAUGCUUCCUAGGUAGUGUUUGUAUUUAUAGCACCAAUGUACAUUUUGAAACUUUAUUUCAGGGGCGGGAGAUAAGGGCAGGGCAAGGGUGGGCGUGAAGGGGUAGAAGAUGAAAGCUUUAAUUUAAAAAGAAAAAAAAGUUGGAGUAAAGGAAAUUAUUUUGAUUAAAUAUAUUUUAUUUGAUCUGGGUAUUUUUGGACCACAUUAUUAAAUUAAUUGUUAAGCUGCAAUUGAGUUGUUCAAGUGACAGUUUCGAUAAGCCGCGUCCGGACCGCAUUGUGAAUCACUCGCCAGUUGUACUCUAUGGAGCUUAUUUUAUGAUUUCAAAUACUGUACUGUACAUAGGAGGUGUGUUACCUUCUCCUUAUUUGUAUGUUUACCAUAUACUUUGAUAUUUGAAAUGUUAUGUACUGGAAAGGCCACUUAUAUUUCUAGAACAGAUUGGAUUUUAUGCAACCUUUUUUCCUUGAAUUAACAGCAAUA